AUGUCUGUCUUCAUUUCAGGUGCCACCGGUUUCAUUGCCCAACAUAUUGUGGGUCAAUUAUUAGAACAAAAUUACAAGGUCAUUGGUACUGCUAGAUCCCAAGCAAAGAUUGAUAGAUUACAAGAGCAAUUUGGUAACAAUCCAAACUUCACCAUGGAAAUUGUUGAAGAUAUUGCUAAAUUAGAUGCAUUCGAUGCUGUCAUUAAAAAGCAUGCUAAGGAUAUCAAAUUCGUUCUUCAUACCGCUUCUCCAUUCCAUUUCGAAACUACUGAUUUCGAAAAAGAUCUUUUAAUUCCAGCUGUUAACGGUACCAAAGGUAUAUUGGAAAGUAUCAAGAAAUAUGCUGCUGAUUCUGUUGAACGUGUUGUCAUUACUUCAUCUUAUGCCGCUAUUAUUGACUUCAAAAUUGAAGAUGAUACUAACACUGUUAUGACUGAAGCUAACUGGAACCCAGAUACCUGGGAGUCUUGUCAAGCCAAUGCUGUUACUGCUUACUGCGGUUCCAAAAAGUUUGCAGAACAAGCCGCAUGGGAAUUUUUAGAAGCAAACAAGGAUCAAGUCAAAUUUAAGUUGGCAACUGUUAACCCAGUUUACGUUUUUGGUCCACAAAAUUUCGAUGAAGAUGUUACUAGCAAAUUAAACACUUCAUGUGAAUUUGUUAACCAACUUGUUCAUGCAAAGGCUGAUGACCCAAUCCCAGCACUAUGUGGUGGCUACAUUGACGUACGUGAUGUUGCUAAGGCUCAUAUCUUAGCUAUGCAAAAAGAUGAAUUAAUUGGUCAAAGAUUACUAAUGACCAAUGGAAAGUUCAACUUCCAAGAUAUUGCUGACAUCUUAAAUGAAGAUUUCCCUGUCUUAAAAGGUAAUAUUCCAGUUGGUGCACCACACACUGGUGCUCAACACAAACAAAUUGGUGCCAACGUAGACAACUCCAAGACUAAGAGCUUGUUAGGUUUCAAAUUUAGAACCUUAAAAGAGACUAUUGCUGACACCGCCGCUCAAAUUUUGAAGCAUGAAGGUAAGUUAUGA